AUGAAUGGCAUGUAUGCAUACACUAAAAUAAAGAGGGAGAUAAAAAUAUUACAGAAUCUUUGUGGUGGCCCAAAUGUUGUGAAACUGCUGGAUAUUGUCCGAGAUCAGCACUCAAAAACUCCUAGCUUAAUCUUUGAAUAUGUGAACAGUACAGAUUUCAAAAUUUUGUACCCUACGCUGACCGAUUAUGACAUUCGCUACUAUAUAUAUGAGCUUUUGAAGGCAUUGGAUUACUGCCAUUCUCAAGGCAUAAUGCAUAGAGAUGUAAAGCCUCACAAUGUUAUGAUUGACCAUGAACUGCGAAAACUUCGUUUGAUUGAUUGGGGUCUUGCUGAAUUCUACCAUCCUGGAAAAGAGUACAAUGUUCGAGUAGCAUCUAGACAGAUAAAGAGGGAGAUAAAAAUAUUACAGAAUCUUUGUGGUGGCCCAAAUGUUGUGAAACUGCUGGAUAUUGUCCGAGAUCAGCACUCAAAAACUCCUAGCUUAAUCUUUGAAUAUGUGAACAGUACAGAUUUCAAAAUUUUGUACCCUACGCUGACCGAUUAUGACAUUCGCUACUAUAUAUAUGAGCUUUUGAAGGCAUUGGAUUACUGCCAUUCUCAAGGCAUAAUGCAUAGAGAUGUAAAGCCUCACAAUGUUAUGAUUGACCAUGAACUGCGAAAACUUCGUUUGAUUGAUUGGGGUCUUGCUGAAUUCUACCAUCCUGGAAAAGAGUACAAUGUUCGAGUAGCAUCUAGGUAUUUCAAAGGACCGGAACUUCUUGUAGAUUUACAAGACUAUGACUAUUCCUUGGAUAUGUGGAGCCUGGGUUGUAUGUUUGCUGGAAUGAUUUUUCGGAAGGAACCAUUCUUCUAUGGUCACGACAAUCAUGACCAGCUUGUCAAAAUUGCCAAGGUUUUGGGGACAGAUGAGUUGAAUGCGUAUCUGAACAAAUAUCAACUGAUUCUUGAUCCACAACUUGAAGCCCUUGUUGGAAGGCAUAGCCGUAAGCCAUGGUCAAGAUUUAUCAAUGGUGAUAACCAGCAUCUUGUAUCCCCUGAGGCCAUUGAUUUUCUGGAUAAGCUUCUUCGAUACGACCAUCAAGAUAGGCUCACUGCAAGAGAAGCAAUGGCUCAUCCAUACUUCUUCCAGGUGAGAACUGCGGAGAACAGCAGGCUGCGAACGCAAUAACCCGAUGUGUAGAGGUUAAAUUUUAAUAGCACUUUGCUCAUUGUGGCGUUAGUUGUAAGCCUAGGCUCUCUUUUCCCACCCACCUAGGCGGUUGGUUAGCUCAUACAGUUGCUUGGCUCUUCUGUGUUCUGUAAUAUUGAGACAUUCUCCUACUACUCACUCCGAUGUAUAUUUUCCCUCCUUUUAUGAGGUCUUACUAUGGAAAUUAUAACUUUGGUU